AAUAAAUAAAAAGGGCCUCUGGAAGAAAGUAAAAGAAAAACAGCAACGCGAACCCAAAAACAGCAGCCAAAAACAGCGGUCAGUAAAAAGCAGAGACUCAGCACUAGAAAUUGGGAUUUUAGGAAACGAAAAAGCUGUGGUCACCAAAGCUUCGUCUUCUACUUUUCUUUCUGUUCAAUACAGAUUUUUUUUUUAAGUAAAUAUGGCCAACAUAGACAUAGAAGGAAUCUUGAAGGAGAUCCCAAACGAUGGUCGUGUUCCAAAGACCAAGAUUGUCUGCACACUGGGUCCUGCUUCUCGUUCCGUCUCCAUGAUUGAGAAGCUUCUCAGGGCUGGUAUGAACGUUGCCCGUUUCAACUUCUCUCAUGGAACCCAUGAGUAUCACCAGGAGACUCUGAACAACCUCCGCCUUGCUAUGCAGAAUACUCAGAUCCUCUGCGCCGUCAUGCUUGAUACCAAGGGACCUGAGAUUCGAACUGGUUUCCUCAAGGAUGGAAAACCUAUUCAACUUAAGGAGGGUCAGGAAAUUACAAUUUCUACUAAUUACGACAUCAAGGGGGACCAGGAGACAAUUGCCAUGAGCUACAAAAAGCUAGCUGUGGACUUGAGGCCUGGAAAUAUCAUUUUAUGUUCAGAUGGUACCAUUACCAUGACUGUCUUGUCUUGUGAUCCAAAAGCUGGGACUGUGAGGUGCCGUUGUGAGAACACUUCAAUGCUGGGUGAAAGAAAAAAUGUUAAUCUCCCUGGUGUCGUUGUAGAUCUACCAACACUGACCGAGAAAGAUAAAGAAGAUAUCCUUAAAUGGGGUGUUCCCAACAAAAUUGAUAUGAUUGCUCUUUCAUUUGUACGGAAGGGAUCAGAUCUUGUUAACGUUCGUAAGGUUCUUGGGCCCCAUGCGAAGUACAUACAGCUAAUGUCCAAGGUUGAGAACCAGGAGGGAGUUAUCAACUUUGACGAGAUCUUGCGUGAGACUGAUGCAUUCAUGGUUGCUCGUGGUGAUCUUGGUAUGGAGAUCCCAGUUGAAAAGAUCUUCCUGGCACAGAAAAUGAUGAUAUACAAGUGUAAUCUUGUGGGCAAGCCUGUUGUCACUGCCACUCAAAUGCUUGAAUCUAUGAUCAAAUCUCCUCGGCCAACACGUGCAGAAGCUACUGACGUAGCUAAUGCCGUUCUUGAUGGAACUGAUUGUGUCAUGCUUAGUGGUGAGAGUGCAGCGGGAGCCUAUCCAGAAAUUGCUGUGAAGAUCAUGGCUCGUAUAUGUAUUGAGGCUGAAUCUUCUCUCGACUAUGGUGCUAUCUUUAAGGAAAUGAUAAGAUCAACCCCGCUUCCAAUGAGCCCACUGGAAAGUCUUGCAUCAUCUGCUGUACGAACAGCUAACAAGGCCAGAGCAAAACUCAUCGUCGUAUUGACACGUGGAGGGACCACAGCCAAAUUGGUGGCCAAGUAUAGGCCGGCGGUUCCAAUCCUAUCUGUGGUUGUUCCUGUAUUGACUACAGACUCUUUCGAUUGGACCUGCAGCGAUGAGACUCCAGCAAGGCAUAGCCUGAUCUACAGGGGUUUGCUUCCUCUACUGGCUGAAGGAUCUGCCAAAGCCACUGAUGCAGAAUCCACAGAGGUGAUUUUGGAAGCUGCUCUCAAAUCAGCGUCUGAGAGGGGACUGUGCAAGCCUGGUGAUGCAGUUGUGGCACUCCAUCGCAUUGGAAGUGCUUCGGUUAUUAAGAUCUGCAUAGUGAAAUGAUUUUGCUUUCAGUGCACCUUAUCUAUGUAAUUUUAUUUAGGCUGCCGAGGACCAUGAUAUUCCAGUCAUUUGCCAAUUUUUAAUGGAGGUUUUUUUGUUUUGGAGAGGGUAUGUAUACCUCAAGAUUACUGUCCUGUAUUUUCCAUAAGAUAAUGCUUUGAUGAUAGAAUCUUAAUUUGGCAAACGGUUUUGGUGUAGAAAUAAGACUUGGAACCUUUUAGUUAUUA